AACAAGAAGAAUUUGAUGCAGGCAUGAUCUUGGGUGUUCACAACAUGUAUGUUGUGUUCCCUCAAUUUGCUGUAGCCAUCGUUUCUUCAUUUAUCUUUGCUGCCAUUAAAGAUACUCAGUCUCUGUCGAGUGUGACACCUGUUUUGAUUUUUGGGGGUCUUAUGGCUUUAGUGGCUGCUGGUUUUAGUAGAUCCAUCAUACGUGUUGUUAAAUAAAAACAUUUAUUUCUUUUCUUUCUUAAAAUGUCGGAUAAAAAGCGUUUUGUAUUUGCUGAAAGAAAGAAAGCACUUCAAAUUGCUGCUACCUGUGGACUUAGUGUCAUUGAAGAGCAGUGUGAAUUAGUAGGAUAUCAGAUUUAUAUUGUUGAGCAAUGGAUGUGCGAUCGAACUAUUGAUUCUAAUGUAGUUAAAGUAUUCACUGGCGAAAAAAGUCAUAUUAUUCAAGUAGCUGUUAUUGCUAUAUCUACCGCAGAGCUUCAGCAUCCUCGGCCACAGAUUCAAUCGUUUUUGAAUGUUGGAGAAUCAAGCAUGAAGCUUAAAUCAACACCAUUAGGAGAAAUUGUAUUGACAGAUCCAAGUGAACUUCCGUUUGAAAUGGACAUGGUCCUCAUACCCGAUGGAGAUUAUGACAAGUGGGUAAAGCAAGCCUAUGUGAAUAUCAAUUUAAAGAGAACCAACUGUACAGGAAGAAGUUCACUCAAUCUUCGACCUCCAAAUCCAGCGUCAGAGGAAAAAUUUAGGUCUUUGUACAAGAUAGCAGAUACAGUCGACUUUCAGGAAGCAAUGAUUAAUUUGGUGUCGACCGUACAAAUUGCUCUCUACUUGUUUAAACUGUUGGAUAAGGAUUGCAUUGAUGGGUUGAUAUGUAAUGAGACAACAAAGGCACUAUGGUCAUUUUAUACUCAUUAUGAUCCAGUCAAGACAACAGAGUACUCUCUAAAAGAGCCCUGGCUUGAACCUCAUCUAGUAGCUGCCAUCAUAUCAAAAUUGAUCAUGUGUCGAAAUAAGCUACAGGAUUCAAAUUUUACGACUAUUAAAGAUCCCUUUAUUGACUAUGAUUCAUUUCGAUUUGACAUUGGGGAUUAUCAGCGUUCCAAAAACAUUCGACCUACCAAAUUUUUGGAUCUGGAGACACUGGCAAAGUUAAAUGAGCAUACAUUUAACCUGAAAAUGAAAAAGGUCAUCAAAUCAAAAUUGGACGAUAUAUCUGGAGUGAGCAAUUCACCUUUGUUUGCUGAGACAUCUGAUCCAGAGGUCUUUCGACAUCAUGCGACAAUAGAAAGUCUGAGAAAGAUUUGGAGGCCCAAGUUGAGGGGAAUGACGAAAAAAUCAAGGGCGGGUGGAACAGCAGCAGAAAUGCUGAGUAGAGUAGCAGUGUCACUUCCUUGGAUAAACACAGCCGAUCAUCAUAAAAGAAUCGACAUUCCUUCUUCUAUGUCAAGCUCAGUCAUCAGUCCAGCCUCUUACAAGACUACGACAACAGAAGAAGAAGAACAAGCUUCAUCUAGCCACCCGAUACCCGAAUAUACCAUGUCUCCAGAUCGAUUAGAUCAAGAUAUUCCUUCUUAUGUACAUCAUCAAGUAGCACAGACCAUAUACCAUGAUGAUGAUCAUGAAUCUCUUGAACUCACUAAAGAAUCAGAUACUACACCUGCCACAACCCCUCGACCGCCACUGGCACACCACAAACGAUCCAUAUCAGAUAGCUUUCUCAUAUCGAAACUGGCGACCAAUUAUCAGCCGAUAAUAGACAUUGCACCUAAACCCUCUCUCCAACGGUCCAACUCGACAUCAUCACUGAUUGUAUUAAAUGAUGAAGCUAUCAAACGGCCCUUGGUUUCGAUGAAUGUCCAGACAUAUAUAACUUAUCAAAAAUUAUGUCAGCAACAACGUACUCUAAAGAAGAAACUGGAUGAUCUCACUCAAGUAGCCGACGAAUACGAAAUGAUGGCUAGUCGACUGAAACGGGUUUACCAAAGAAGACACAAGAUGUUUGAGUCUAUCCAAAAAGAGUCCCGGGAACUGGUGGCGGAACAAACAGAGACAGAGCAAGAGUUGAAAGAGAUGGAAGAUGACAGUGCAAAGGUUCAUUAUGAACUAAAAGCAUUGAAUGAUAAAUUGAAGGAUAUUGAAGAUAAUGUAGGAGCCUUUUAUGGCAAGGUCGGUGUGUUGGAAAGGAAGAUGGAAGACUCUCAACAAUCAAUUACUACCAUGUUAAUUGUUGGAAAUUAUUUUCAUCAUUACUGGAUAAAGACAAGAGAGUGGGUCAUGGCUGUCAUAGGAGGCUUUGGUCGUAACACACGGACGAGUAUUCAGAUUAGUUAAUUCUAUUUAUUCUACAAUGGGCACAUGUAUAAAUAUAGU